AUGUCAAAUUGGUCACGCGCUACGAUAAGACAGUACAAUAGCGCCUUAAAAAAGUGGGCAGCCUUCUGUAAAAAUAUCGGUAUAGACAGGUUGCAUCCAAGGGUAGAAGAUAUUCUCAACUUUCUGGGUCAGCUGUUCGAAUCAGGCGCAAGCUUCUCUUCGAUAAGCACUCACAAGUCAGCCAUAAUCGUUUACCUUUCGGCGAUCAAUGGGGAGUUCUGUAGAAAGGACACAACCCUGCCUAAUGCCACUUUGGACCUCAAACAGUUAACUCAAAAAACGAUAGUGCUGCUAGCCCUAGUGGCUCCCAAAAGAGUUUCCGAAUUAGCAGCAUUAUCUAAGCCUGGGAGAGGAUUCCUGGGUUUCUCCUUAGACUUCAUGAACAAAAAUAGAGGAUUCGGCAAGGCACACACAGCGGUCGUGCAAGCCUAUGAAGACGAUAUCCUCUUAUGUCUCUUGAUGACGAUUAAGGAUUAUAUAAAUCGUAUUAUCUUAUAUCGGAACCAAGUUCGGACAUUGUUCGUGAGCGUUAACCGUCCUCACAGAAGU